UGGGCUUUCAACGCAGUGUCCCGCUCUCGUGUUCCAGUGAGGAUGGGGGCGAGACUGGGGCUGUGGACGGUGCCCCUUUUGCUGCUAUGUAUCGGCGCAGAGUCCCAGCAGAGAGAUUGUCCAAGAAACUAUCAUAGCCUUGAAUAUAAAUGAUGCUUCAGAUCCACUGUGCUCUAGGGUCUUUUCCCAGCCAUCCUGAAUCUGGCCAGCAAUGCUAUCAUUUCCACUAAUGCAACCUGUGGUGAACAUGGCCCUGAGAUGUAUUGCAAACUGGUGGAGCAUGUCCCCGGGCGGCCUAUACGUAACCCACAGUGCCGUAUUUGUGACCAGAAUAGUGCAAAUCCCAAAGAGCGACAUCCAAUACAGAGUGCUAUAGAUGGAACCAACAAUUGGUGGCAGAGUCCAAGUAUUCAGAAUGGCAGACAAUUCCACUGGGUGACGAUUACUCUGGACCUGAGACAGGUUUUUCAAGUCGCCUAUGUUAUAAUUAAAGCAGCAAAUUCCCCACGUCCUGGCAACUGGGUUUUGGAGCGUUCAAUCGAUGGCGUUACGUUUGAACCAUGGCAAUACUACGCCACAAGUGAUACUGAGUGCUUGACUCGCUACAACAUCGCACCUCGAAUCGGGCCGCCAACCUACAAAAGAGAUAAUGAAGUGAUCUGCACUUCUUAUUAUUCCAGACUCGUCCCACUGGAGCAUGGAGAGAUUCACACCUCCUUGAUCAAUGGCAGGCCCAGUGCUGAUGACCCUUCCCCAACUCUGUUGGAGUUUACCUCGGCUCGCUAUAUUCGCCUCCUCCUCCAGCGCAUCAGGACACUCAAUGCUGACCUCAUGACUCUUGGAUAUCAUGACCCAAGGGAAGUUGACCCAAUUGUUACCCGUAGGUAUUACUACUCCAUCAAGGACAUCUCAGUUGGAGGCAUGUGUAUCUGUUACGGCCAUGCUAGCAGCUGCCCAUGGGAUGCAAAGCUAAUGAGACUACAAUGUCAGUGUGAACACAACACCUGUGGGGAGAGCUGCAGUCAGUGUUGCCCAGGUUACCAUCAGAAACCCUGGCGGUCUGGAACCUUUGCCUCGGGCAACACGUGUGAAAAGUGCAAUUGCCAUGGCAAAACAGAAGAUUGUUACUAUGACCAAAGUGUGGCUGAUCGCAACCUGAGUUUGAACAUAGCAGGACAGUUUAUUGGUGGAGGCGUGUGUGUUAAUUGCUCAAAUAACACUGCGGGCAUCAACUGUGAGACCUGCAUUGAUGGCUUCUACCGACCUUACAAGGUGUCUCCUCUUAGCCCUGAUCCCUGUUUGCCAUGUGACUGUGACCCAACUGGGUCCCUGAAUACCACUUGUAUGAAGGAUGAUAAUCAAGCAGUCACAGAGCAAGGUCUUUACCCUGGUCAAUGCCAUUGCCGAGCUGGUUAUGCUGGGAGGAUGUGCAACCGUUGUGCGUUGGGGUAUAAAGGCUUCCCCAAUUGCAUGCGCUGUAACUGUAGUGUUGUGGGCAGCAUCAACGAUGACCCUUGUGCUGAACCAUGCCAAUGCAAGAGAAAUGUGGAGGGAGAGAACUGUGACCAGUGCAAGUCAGGAUUCUAUAAUUUGCAAGAAAGGAAUCCAGAAGGCUGUACAGAAUGUUUCUGCUUUGGACUGUCUGGAGUCUGUGAAAGUAUUUCCUGGCCUGUUACCCAGAUCAUGGAUGUUACUGGAUGGAAAGAGACUAAACUUCAUGACGUAGGCCGCCUGCAACUUCUCAUCAACAAUACUGAAACAAGGAACCUCCAGCCAGUUCUGUACUACUGGACAGCUCCAGAAUCCUACAUGGGUAAUAAGCUGACUGCAUUUGGAGGAUACUUGAACUUUACUCUGGUGAAUGAUUUUCCAGUGGAAGGCGUUGGUAAUGAGCUAUCCUCCAACAUUGGUGUCAUCAUUCAGGGCAAUGGUCGUGCACUCAGCACAGGCCCUGGUGGCUUGUUGCUCCAGCCUUACAACAAACAAUCAGUGGCACUCCGCUUGCUACCUGAGAACUUUGUGGACCUCAACACGAAAAAUGAAAUAGACCGAGAUCGAUUGAUGACUAUUCUAGCAAAUGUGACGCAGCUGCAGAUCUGGGCCAAGUACAACAGUGCUAGAGAGCUUCGAUACAGGUUGAGUUCUGUCACCUUGGACGUAGCAAACCCAAAUGCCAUCGACAUUCUUCCUGCAGUGGACGUUGAAUACUGUGAAUGUCCUCUGGGCUACACUGGCAUUUCCUGUGAGUCCUGCAUCACAGGCUUUUAUCGUGUUGAUGGAAUCUUAUUUGGAGGCAUCUGUCAACAGUGUGAAUGCAACGGCCAUGCUACAGAAUGUGAUAUUAAUGGCACUUGCUUGGGCUGCCGACAUAACACAACUGGGCCAAACUGUGAUCAGUGCUUCCCAGGUUUAUAUGGUGAUCCCAGCAGAGGGACUGCAGAGGACUGCAAACCUUGUGCCUGCCCGCUGACCAUUCCCUCCAACAAUUUCAGUCCCACUUGCCACUUGAACAAAACAGAAGAAUUCAUUUGUGAUCAGUGCCAGCCAGGCUACACAGGAUCCAGAUGUGACAGGUGUGCUAAUGGUUACUAUGGAAACCCAACAACACCUGGGCUGUCCUGUGAGCCAUGUGACUGCAACAACAACAUUGACCGUUCCGAUCCUGGAAAUUGUGACCCGCUGACAGGGGAAUGCCUGAAGUGUAUCAGGAAUACCACAGGCACACAGUGUGAGCGAUGUGCGGACGGAUACUAUGGAGACGCAGUGAUUGCAAAGAACUGUAGCUCUUGUGACUGCAAUAUGAAUGGUUCGUAUAGUGAGGUGUGUGACUUCACAUCUGGUCGUUGCCAAUGCAAGUCCAAUGUUCUGGGGCAGAAGUGUGACAAGUGUACGCAUGGGUAUUUUGGCUUGAGCACUGGACUGGGCUGCAGGCCCUGCAACUGCAGCCAAUUAGGCUCAGUCUCCGAGGACUGUGGUGACGAUGGGCAGUGUCACUGUGUGCCAGGGGUGAGUGGAGAGAAGUGUGACCACUGUGCGCAUGGCUUUUAUGGAUUCCAGGACGGUGGCUGUACAUCUUGUGACUGUGCCCACACUCAGAACAAUUGUGCAGAAGAAACUGGACAGUGUAUCUGCCCACCACACACAGAGGGAGGGAAAUGUGAUCGUUGUGAAGCCAACUACUGGGGUCAUGACCCUGGGACUGGAUGCAAGCCCUGCAACUGUAGUGUCAUUGGUUCUGUAGGAGUUGGGUGCAAUGUGACGGAUGGACACUGCCUUUGUAAACAAGGAUUCAGUGGAGAAAAAUGCAGCGAGUGUGCCUUUGGAUAUAGGGAUUAUCCCCAAUGUAUCGCCUGUAAGUGCGAUCCCAGAGGUACCAGGUCUGAGAAAUGUGAUCUGGCACAAGGAGUUUGCAGUUGUGAGGAACACACUGGGGUCUGUCCCUGCAAGGAAGGUGCUUCUGGCGUUCGUUGCAAUGAAUGCAAGGCUGGAUCGUUUGCUCUCAGUCUCCACAACCCAGAAGGCUGUAGUCUCUGUUACUGCUCUGGUGUAUCCAAUUCCUGCUCAGAACUCCAAGGACUGGUCAGAGUUCCUCUGACUCUGAUGCCUCAACAAGUGAUACUGAAUGUUGUCAGUCAAGGCAACCUGACUGGAACCACAGAGGGCAUCUUCUCUCAGCCUCCAGAUAUCUUGCUGGAUGCUGCCCUGGUACAGAAGUACCUCCAUAGAGAACCAUAUUACUGGGCGCUACCAACCCAGUUCACAGGAGACAAGCUUUUGGCUUAUGGAGGGAAGCUAAGAUAUGCCUUCGCCUAUUAUGCUCAAGAUAGCUCUGUAAACUUGAACCCAGAACCACAGAUCAUCCUGAAAGGAGGCUACGGCAGCAAAGUGGCAAUUUACAGGAACAUUUCCACUCAUGCGAAUGGACAGCUGAGCCGCCAUGACAUAGACUUGACUGAGCAUGAAUGGAAAUAUUUCAAUUCAUCAUCUGACAAACACGUCUCACGCACUGACUUCAUGUCUGUGCUCAGCAACAUUGAAUACCUCCUGGUUAAAGCUUCCUAUGGCAAUGGACUCCAGCAAAGCAGAAUUUCAAAUAUCUCAAUGGACAUUGCAAUGGAGAAAGAUGGAACUUUUGCUGUGAGGGAAAAUGCAAGUCAGAUUGAGAUCUGUGACUGUCCUUUAGGAUACGCAGGUCUCUCAUGCCAGGAAUGUGCUCCAGGAUUUUACAGACAGAAGUUGACAAAUGGCCCUCGCCCUCCUCCGUGUGUCCCAUGCCAGUGCCACAAGCACAGUUCCAUUUGUGACCUUGAUACAGGCAAAUGUCAAGGAUGUCGAGACAACACAGCAGGAGAUCACUGUGAAGUGUGUGCUUCAGGAUAUUAUGGCAGAGUAAACGGAUCUAUCAAUGACUGCUCACUCUGUGCCUGUCCCAGGGCCCACUUUGGCAGCUUUAGCCCCACGUGCGUGUUAGAAGGUGUGAGUGAUUUCCGCUGUAAUGCCUGCCUGCCUGGCUAUGAGGGACAGUACUGUGAAAGAUGUACUCCUGGUUACUAUGGUAACCCACGUGCUUCAGAUGGGAACUGUCAUAAAUGUGAAUGUAAUCCAAGUGGUUCCAUCCACAAUAACUGUGAUUCUCUCCUGGGCCAUUGCAUUUGCAAAUUGGGUGUUACGGGUCGACUCUGUGAUCAGUGUGAACGUAAGCACGUGCUGGUGGAAACUGAAUGCAUAUCUUGUGACGAUGAAUGUACAGGGCUUCUGCUGUUCGACCUUGACAACCUGGAAGCCAGUUUGAUGGCAAUUAAUUUCACAGGGUUUGACCUAGCUCCUUAUAAUCUCAUCUCUACCAUUGAAAACAUCACUGAGAAAUACAAGAUUACCAUGGUACCGGAAAGGAAGACAAGUGCCAUAAUGAUGCAGGCAGAAGGACAGGUGUCUACGUUGGCUUCGGACAUCCAUCAUUUACAGCAGAAGGUCACUCAGUAUCUUGGAUAUGGGCAGACUUUGAAUAAGGCUGUGGGGAGAACAUUAACCAGGACCCUGGAGCUUGAAGCAUAUGUAAAUGAAACUUCAAAAUCUAUAAAAGCUGUUGCAGUCAUAGCGAAUCGCAUGAAUGGGACUCUGGGCACUGACCUGACCUUUUACAAUACCAGUCUGAACCACCUUCAGCAUGAAAUACUGGCCAUGCUGGAAUCUAUGAGAAAACGAGGGUUCAAUCAAUCACAAGAUACCGCAGAAACCAAGCUAAAGGCUGCGGAAGGACUGCUGAUGCGGGUGCAGAAGGAGUUUCAGAAACCUUAUAAAGAAUUGGGGCAAAGCAGAAACCAAGUAAUGGACGUGUUGAUGCAGCAUAGCAAGAAGUUGCAUGAGGCUCAGGACCUGGUGAAUGAAGCACGCCGCAGCACCAAUCAAACUAACUGGCUUCUCCACAGCAUCUCAAGCAACUUAGCAGAGCUCAAGGAGAAGCAGCAGACAGUGAACAGAAUGAGGACACUGACAGCAAACCUGGCCCAGGACGGAAGAGAGAUGGUGGGCCAUGCAGCAAAUAUGGUGGCAGAUGUCGUGAACAGCUCAGCUAUUCUGGAGCAAUACACUGAUCAGCUGGAUUUGUGGAAUGCCCAGAUGAGGAGGCACAUUGACAGGCUGGUAAUGGAGAUGACUCAGAAGAGUGUGCUUAGCCUUGUCUACAGGGCAGAGGACCAUGCUGAAGAACUCAGGAACCUUGCUGAUUUGCUAAACAGUUCACUUUCAGCUGUAAGGAACGUGUCCCUGAAUGCGACAGUGGCUGUGAAUGAACACUCCAACGUAAAGGCACUGGUCGAAGAAGCUGCAUCUGUUGCUAUGGAUGCAAGGAGCAAAGCUGAUGCUGCUUUGAAGUUGGCCAAAGGUCCUCAAAGGACACUAGAGGAAGUCAGCAAGGAGUCAGCUGACCGCAGUUCAAAGCUCCUUAACGAUGCCAAUGAUUUGAAGAAGAAAACAACGGGUCUUGUCAGCCAACUGAGUGGACUUAAAAAGAAAGUUGAUCACAUUCAAAAGAGUGCGCACAAUAUUAGCAGACUGUUGAGUGAGCCUCUGCAGUUACUGGCAGCCGUGCCUAAUGGUAAUACAAACACAAUUCGUGAGGCAAAAGAUAAUGCGUUCUUGGCUAAUCUAACCGCAACUGCAACUCUUGCUGAAAUUCAGCAGUUCACUCGGCAGCUGUUGACCACAUCUGGCACUUUAAUGAAGGUCAAUAAGACCGUCAGGGAAACAAAUGAGCUCAUCAGUGAUUCAGCGAGGACUGCUGUGGCUGCUGGAGCUAAAGUGCAAGAAAUCGAAAUUCAAGCCAAUUACUUGUUGGACAGAUUGAAGCCAUUGAAAAUGCUUGAGGACAAUCUGAGCAGAAACUUAUCAGAGAUAAAGGAGUUGAUUAAUCAGGCCCGGAAGCAAGCUGCCUCAAUUAAAGUGGCAGUAUCAGCUGACCGGGAUUGUAUCCGUGCCUACCAGCCUGCACUCCUGAGCAGCAACUACAAUACUCUGACCCUGAAUGUGAAAACCUCGGAGACUGAAAACCUACUGUUCUACCUAGGUAGCAGUAGCAAUUCUGAAUUCUUGGCUCUGGAAAUGCGACGGGGCAAAGUUGCUUUCUUGUGGGACGUGGGUUCAGGAACAGCAAGAUUAGAAUAUCCUGAUCUUCAGAUUAACACCAACAAGUGGUACAAAAUUCACGCUGCCAGGUUUGGACGUAUGGGUACCCUAUCCAUUCAAGAAGUUGGAUCUUCUGCUUCAGACAAACCAGUCAUAAAGAAAGCUACAUCUCCUGGAAUUUCGACGGUGCUUGAUGUGAAUAAUUCCACGCUGGUUUUCGUUGGAGGCUUGUCGAAGCGAGUGAAGAAAGCACCGGCGGUGAAGGUUACCCACUUCAAAGGCUGCAUGGGCGAGGCAUUUCUUGAUGGAAGGUCUAUUGGUUUGUGGAACUAUCGAGAGAGAGAAGGGAAAUGCAGUGGGUGUUUUGCAAGAUCCCAACAUGAAGACAUUGCUUUCCACUUUGAUGGUAGUGGCUACUCCGCUGUUGAGAAGGUAUUGCGCUCUACGUCAACUCAGCUGGUAAUGCACUCCAGCACGUUCUCACCAAAUGGCCUACUCCUGUACCUGGCUUCAAAUGGCACUAGGGAUUUCUUAGCUGUGGAAUUAGCAGACGGGAAAGUUCGUGUGACCUUUGACCUCGGAUCUGGAGUUCUGACACUCUUGUCUAAGAAACGAUAUAACAAUGGAACUUGGUUUAAGAUUGCAUUUCAACGUAAUCGCAGACUAGGUGUUUUGGCUGUCAUGGACCCAUUUAAUUCAACUGACCGAGAAACUGUCCAAGGAGAAUCGCCGGGAACUGCUUCCGAUCUCAACCGUGGGCACAAAGAUCCAAUAUAUAUAGGGGGUCUACCUCGUUCCAGAACUUACAGGAAAGAAGUUCUCAGCAAAUCAUUUGUGGGCUGCUUGAAGAAGGUGGAGAUUUACCGAUCUACGUUUGACCUGCUGAGGAAUUCCUUAGGUGUGAAGAAAGGCUGUUUGCUUGAGCCUAUCCGGAGUGUGAGUAUUUUCAGUGAUGGGUACAUUCAGUUACGGCCCAAGGUCCUACCACUGGAAGCAAAGUUAAUGGCGACAUUUGCUACCAAGAAUGACACCGGGCUUAUCUUAGCUGGUAUGGGCAAAACAACUGGAGGCCGUAAUCGGCGGCAGACAAAAAUGGCAUUCCUUAGCAUUGUGAUGAUUGAUGGACGUAUUGAAGUGUAUAUAAACACUGGAGAUGGAGUCAGCACAAGGAGACUCGUUGCCAAGGCCCCAUCCGGAACAUACAGUGAUGGGCAGGAACACUCCGUCAUACUCAGAAGGAACAGGAGAAUAAUCGCGCUGCAGGUCGAUGAAGGAAACUUUGUUGAAAUGAGGCUUGGCUCUUCUGCAGACAGUCCGUUGAACAUUACCAGACUGUAUGUUGGUGGAGUUCCUGCUGGAGAGGGCGCUGUUGUCCUUAAGAUAACAAAAUCAUUCCGGGGCUGCAUCAAGAACCUGGUCCUCAACACUGAGUUGUUAGAUUUCAGUGGUGCAGUGAAGUACCAGAACAUCGACCUGGACAGUUGCCUGCUUUCAGAGAGACCGACACCUGCACUGGAAGAGAGAGGCUUUGAGCUUGCACACCAGUCUACUGCCACACCCAUAAGACCACCUGAAAACUCGUUAGGUUCCUCGACCACCUUCAGCUCUCCUUCGAACAAGAAAGCUGUGCAGUGUGCAGCAGAGGAGUUGCCAGCCAUUAUUCCCAAAGCUUUCCAAUUUGGUCUUGCCCGGGGCAGCCAUAUGAUUCUUUCCUUUGAUGAGAACUCAGUAAAGAGAAAGUUUUCUGUUCAGUUGAACAUUAGAACGUAUGCCUCCAGUGGGCUGAUCUACUACAUGGCUCAUCAAAACCAGAUAGACUAUGCAGCCCUCCAGCUUUGGAUGGGGCGUUUGCAUUUCCUCUUUAACCUUGGGAGAGGUACAGCAGUGGCCACCCUACCAAACCCGAUUAACGACGGACAGUGGCAUUCAGUAAAGACGGAAUAUGCAAAACGUAGAGGUGUGAUCACAGUAGAUGGGAAGGAAUCCAGUUCAGCUCUGGGCGAUGGUAACUCACUGGAUGUGGAAGAGAAGUUGUACCUUGGAGGCUUGCCACUGGAUUACAAAGCCAAGAAAAUAGGAAAUGCAACACAUAGUAUUCCUGCUUGUCUUAGUGGUGUGACCUUGAACAGCAAGCCCCUGGACAUGGAGAGGCCAGUCUCUAUCCUCACUGUGAGCAGAUGUUAUGCGACCAUUCAAGAGGGCUCCUUCUUUGAUGGCACAGGAUUUGCUGCAUUGGUGAAAGAAGGUUACAAAGUGAGGUCAGACUUAAUUGUUUCGUUUGAGUUCCGCAGCACAACCAGGAAUGCAAUAUUGCUGGGCAUUAGCAGUGCCAAGGUUGAUGCAAUUGGCCUGGAGAUUGUAGAUGGCAAGGUUCUGUUUCACGUAAAUAAUGGAGCUGGAAGAAUCACUGCCAGGUUUGAACCCAAGGAUGCAAGCCAGCUGUGCAAUGGAAAGUGGCAUACACUUCAAGCCAUCAAGAGCAAACAUCGUAUUGCAUUGACUGUGGAUGGAGUUACUGUGCAGGCUGACAAUCCUUACUUACAAUCAACCUCCGCAGAUACGAAUGAUCCAAUCUAUGUGGGUGGCUAUCCUGUGAAUGUGAAGCAAAAUUGCCUGACUCUUAAGAAGCCAUUCCAGGGCUGCAUGAGGAACCUCAAGCUGACAAAAAAUCAACAGUCUGAAGACUUGGACUUCAGCAGAGCUUUUGAUCUCCGAGGAGUCUUCCCCCAUUCCUGUCCUAGCAUUAAGCACUAACUUCCAAAGCAAACCGGAGCCAUACCCAUCUAGUCAUUGUAUUAAGUAUCCUCCUUGAUUCAGGAUAAACUUGCAUCUUAUGCCAGCAACAAUUGCUGUUUAUGAAAGUUACUUAGCUAAGUAAAUUUGUACUGUACAACAAGUACCUCCAUCAAAACAAUCAUUACCAGCAGUAACAGGAUGAAUACUUUAAUAUUUUUUCAUCCUCAUUUACAAUUUAUUUUUGACAGUAUUUACUGGAAAAGCUAAACUUUGUUCAUUUUGAAUACCUUAAACUCUUCUGCAAUUAAAGUGCAAAUAAGACUUGUU